GUAACAUCAUCACCUGGUCGACAGUUUUUGUAGCGACCCCUCCCGUGAUAUCCCCUACCAGCCCGCCCACCGUCACAUACAUCAAUAUCUAAUCAUUUUGGUUUGAGACACCAUCAGAAGUCUUUUUUAUGCCCUAGCAGUCACCUGCCAUGUCAGACACGCGGCCCACUCUGAGCACCUCGCUUUCAUUCACUACCACGUCAUCUACGAACGCAACUCGCGUUCUGAAACGACGUUUGACGUCUGCUUCGGACCUCCCUUUUUUCACGCCUGCCGCCGCAUCAUUUAAGCCAAAGCCAUAUACACCAAACGGCUCUUCGGUUCCCGUCCCGCCGCCACCCAAAUUACAACCUGCUAUGCGGACGCAUUCUGCGUCAUCCUUAGUUCAACACAUGCCCAUGAUGGAUCCCUCCCUGUCUGACCCGAAUAUCAUUUUUAUUCAUCCACCGUUCGUUGCCUUUCCAAAUGCUCACCUGUACCCGGAAGGCCUCUCCUACUCGUUGAUGGCUGCGAAUCCAGAUUGGUUCUUAGAUCAGAACGAUUUUGUCAACGGUUCAUCUACCAAUUCAGAUGCAAUUCCUUAUCCUCCGCAGCUCGAACCGCCCAGAGGAUGGUGUCCAGCCAAGAAAAAGGAUCUCAAGGCUUUGGGCCCUGAUGGCUGGCCUGAAGGGGAAGAGCCCAGGCUGCGUUGCACAUUCUGCAGGAGAACGUACGCAGGGGUCAAUGCAAAAAGCAUGUGGAGGCGACACGUAUAUGAGAAACACAAGAUUGCCAUGUCAAAUCGUCGUGAGGGACAUGAUCGCACUCGCGGUGGCCGCGGAUCUGGCAGGGAACGAAAUCACCACCACGACAAGGAAAAUUAUACAGAUGAUCGUCGGGGUUCCAGGGGACCGGAAAACAAAUCCAGGAAGUCAAGAACCUUAUCCUCGAGGAAUAGCAUAACACCUACCCCAGACCCAGAGGAUGACGAUGAUGCAGAUGACGAUGAUUUAUCCGCACCCUCUGCACCUGUCAUUAAACAAAAUGAGUUUCCUGCACUUUCGUCUCCUCCUGUCCUCAAACACCCAAGGCCGUUGGAUGAAGGAGUCACGCUGACAGAUUCCUAUGAUUUGCGUGCAAGUCAAGUUGAUGACUCGAGUGCGUCCCCAAAAAUAUCAAGAUUUGCUGUUCCCAUGUCUCCUUACGACCCAACAUUGACACCAUCGUUCCGCCACUCUCCACCGCGUCUUCCUUCAGACCAGCCCUGGCGCUUCCCGAGUCCAAGCCACCCCCUCCAUUCUGGGGCUAGGGAAUUUUGCUUGUCCAUGCUCGCGCGUGCGACUCCUGCAACGAAAGGCUGCUCUGUUAUUGAUUCAAGCUCCCCAAGCACUGGUACGACGAGUGUUAUGAAUACUCCCCGCAGCACCACAUUCCGCGGAAAGACGUUCGGCGACCUUGGCAGCAUAUUCACCGAAGGAAGCUCUCCUAUCAUUUUCAGACCUUCACCGCGCCACUUAUUUUCUGAUAGUCGUUCGCCAGUUCCAGUCUUUACUCGCCUUGACUUCCGCAAACGCUUGAAUGACUCCCCACUUGGUGGCGGUCUACGUCGCAAGCCUGGUCAUGACCGGAAAAAAACUGCCAUGAACAACUCCUUUGACUUGCAGGGCGGUUGGCUUUCUGAUAAUUCGCUCUCAUCUUCGGUGAGCAGCUUGAGCAGUGCAGCGAUACCAAGCCCUGCCCGCCUGACCAGCGAUGAUCCCUUUGGGAGCCCGUUCAAGCCGCUUGAAUCUACUUUGCGACACCCACCCGAAAAGAGGGUUAUAUCGCUGCCUCAGUCUAGUCCAGAGGCGGAAAGCCCAGUGAUAAGACAUUUCCGUCUACCGGACAAUGAAACACCAGAAUCCAAUGAUGACGGCCUCGUCGGCCUAGGCAUUGGGUUGAUGGCACCGUUCGAUCUUUCUACUUCCCAUAUUUCUCAUCGUGAAGCAGAGGAGAAGGAUGAAGCGGAAGUCGAGGGAGUGUUACUGGAUGUUGCUGAUGAUUUGGCACCGCCAUCAAAGAAACGCAGGGUGACAUUUGGUUAACCUGAGUGAUCUCGUUCGUUUGCUCUACCAGUUUUCGAUCCGCUUUGCCUUUGUAUGUUGUUAUCUGAACGGUUUUCACUAUUUAUCAGCUCCAGAAUUUCUCACUUGGCUUUGGCAAUUGUUUCAGCUUUCAGACUUGUACUUGUACACCCUUGUUUUCAUGCCCAACCUACCUUACUUGUAUACACUAUUUUGCCUUGACAUGUAUUUGUUCCUACAGUCAUCAUUUGGGUAACCUAAGGUUAGGGUUUCCCAGUGGCCGGAUUUCCUCCGGAGUGGGAUCUCAAAUUC